AUGAGGUGCAAGAAGCAUCCAGCGGACCUCAGUAGCAGCAUCGGCGUCUGCGCCUCCUGCCUCCGGGAACGACUGUUCUCCGUUAUAGCGGCACAGGAGCAAGCCUUGGCUAAGAAACAGGCCCAGGCUCGAGCCCGAGAUGAUCGCUUUAAAUUUGAUGCACAACAGCCCCCUCUUGCUUUUCCCCGGUCAGUUUCGCCGUAUAUUUCGCAACGGAAAUCUGAAACUACCUCCGCCUCCAGGUGGCACAUCAACGGUUACGAUCAGCGGUUCUACAGUACUCCGCAGGUGGGCCCAACUGGAUCUAUAGCAAUUGUUGACAGUAGCAUCAAGAAGAAGCGUGCCAGUGGAACAAUUUCUUCUCUUUUUUGGGGUCUAUUUAGAUCCAAAUCGGGGAAACCGGACUCAGAUUCGGGUCAAAAUUCAGAGCCUUCUGUUUCGGGUCAGUUGAAUUCGCGGGAUUCUUGUAAGUGUAAUGCUUCUCCCUUGUGGUUUUCUAAUAUUAUUCCCGGUCGGAGGAAAAAGCAGAUUCCGACGUUUUCGCUUUAUGAAGAUACAAUCGGUUCUCGACGGAGAACCUGCCGGAAUCUUGACCGAGGAAUGUCCCCUGUGAGAUAUCCCGACGAGGAGGAUGAGCAUUGCCAUGGUGGAUCGAGCGGUUAUUCGUCGGAGUCUUCUCAAGGGUGGAAGCGAACGCCUCGGAAGACACCGGUGAUGCGGCGUGGGGNUAAUGCGGCGUGGGGGAGGAAGGCAAGGGCAUAG